GAGGUUUCUGCCCUUUCCCAUCGUGUCGGGGUCCCGCCGGCCGGGACAGGGAUGGGGACAGGGACAGGGACAGGGACAAGCCAGCACUCGUGUGUGGCCGGGAAGGGUCAGCUCAUCCCACCAAAGCCACCGUGCAGGUGUGGGCUUUAGGUACGGUGCAUGGGGGCAGAAAGCACUUUCUGAGGAUGCUGGGCUUGCUGCAGCGAGCUGCGAUGCUCCCUCUGCUCCUGCAGUACGGUGGAUCCUGAACUUGCAGAAAUGCUCAUGCGUGUAUUUAGCAGUAAACUCUAGAGAUAUGUGAGCUAUUACCCCUAAGCAAAGGAGAUAUAUUGACUUAACCACAGCUAUUCAUGUGUAUAAGGCCAAGCACGAACAUAACUGUUCACAGGAUCUGGGCCGGGGGGAACUAGCGCCAGUGCGAUCAAGAAAAAUCAAUGUUUUCCUCCCAAAGUGGGAGGGACAGGGUAGCAGGGAGCUGUGGGGUGAGGGAAACCUGCCUGCCAAAUGGGGCACCCGGCUCUCCCAGGCUAACCGCCCCGGCGAGGUGCCCGACCCACCUUGCCUCGGGAGCACCCUCCUAAAUACCAAGUGAAACGAGGUCGAGGAGAGGAUCCGCGCCGCUGCCAGGAGCCGAAAGGAGCUGCCUUUCCAGCCCAGCAGCCAGGCAGCCGGGCGCCAACCCUCCCUGCACGCUGCAAUGUAAGUAGGUGCUCCGUGUGUGUGUUGCCUGGAUGCACACCAAGGAUGUGCGUGCAGCUGGUGCACGCCGGCACCCGGGGCAGGGAAGGUGGUUGCGAGGCCAGGGUGCCAGCGAGGCUGGGGGUCCUGCGGUCCUGAGCCAUGGGGAUGGACCGCCGGGGUCGUAGCAGCGGCAGCAUCCACAGCCGUGUCCCGAGUGAGGUGUUUCCCUGCGUGUCGGGUGCUCUGGAAGAGCUGCCUGUGUCCGGCCUGUGUCUGUGGUGUGUCCUUGGGCUGUGGCUCUCUCCCACGGCAUGUAAAUCCUGCUGGCUGAGCAGCGUAAGAGGACAACGGUUCCCACUGCAGACUGGGCUGGGUCUGGCAUGCAGCGUGGCGGCGUGGGGCCAGCCAGGCCCCUUGCACCCCAACGGGGUGCUGUGGGCAGGGGGGUGCACCCCAGCUGCUGCAUGUCCUCCGUGCACCCUGCCAGUUCAGCUGCGGGAGCAUCUGGGUCAGGGAGAGCCCCGUGGUAGCAGGGAACAGCCCUGCGGAGCAUGUGGCAUGGAUACAGCUGCAAUCACGGCAGCAGGAUCCGUCCCUUGGGGCUCACCCAGACCGCUGGGCUGCGGGGCAGAGGGCAGCGCAGGCAGGGAGGGCAGCAUGCUGCUUCUUGCCAGCCCAUCCCAGCUCUGCUGCGCAGGCAGGACUUUUCCCCUGGGUGCUGGUGCAGCGAGGAGCACCGAGGCCGGGGAGGUUCUGUGCUUUACGUUGCUCGGUUGUCCUGGGCAUAUAUAGGGCUCCAGCUUCUCCUUGCCUGGCUGAGCCCCCGUGCAGGCUGUGCACGCAGGAUCGCUGCCGGCAGGCCGGUGUGCAGCUGGGUGCACGUACACCCGUGCCGUCGCACAGCCAGCCACGCCGUGCCGGGCGCUCGCCGCAGAGGAAGCCGAGAAGCCGAGAUUUGCAUAGGAGCCGAGUGCCAGAGCUGCGACGCAGGGAAGAGCCUGACCGCCAGCAUCCCCCGGGGAGGCUGAGCACCGAGAAAACCUGGCCCUGGGGGUGGGUGCUGGGCGCUGGAGCAGCGAGGGUUUAGUAAUUUGGAAAGUCCGACCGCGGGUGUGCCCCAGGGCCAGGGAGCAGGCGGAGGCUUGGGGUGUCUUGGCCCCGUCAUCGGAGCUGCCGUGGGGCCCAGAGCUGCCACGUGGGAACACCGGGGAGGAUGCAGCGGUGGGUGGCUUUGCGGAAGGGUCCCACCCUCGCUCCUCCCCGCUCCCCCAUUGCUUUGCAGGUGCUGGGUGAGGUUCAGCAUCUCCUGUGCAGCCGAGCAUGUGGCUGUCGCACCUCGCUGCAAAGGGGGACUCUGACAUCCCCCCACCCACGCUGCCUCCUGCCCCACGCCUGGCUGGGACAUCCCGUUGUCCCCUCCGCUGUCCCCAUCGUGGACUCGGCUCCUGCCAUGCAGGGCUCUGGGUGAUGCCUCUGCAGCGCUCCCUCCUUCAGCUGCCCCAAUUCAGGGGCUUCCCAUCCUAAACCUCAACCCAUCUUCCCAGGGCAGGAUUUCCUCCCGAGGGUGGAAAUACGUAGAAAAAUGAUGGAAGAGCCUUUGGCAUCAGCCAGCUUCACAUCCUGCCUCCUCCAGAGAGCUUGGACCAGACUGGAUUUUGCUCUGCUAUUAAUAGGAGACGUAUCGGCUUGAAGAGGAAGAAACUCCUCCUGCCGUAAGGCAACAGGUUGGAAGUGGCCGGCGGUGCAGCAUGCCUUUCUCCUGACCCCCGAGCCCAGGAGGAAGAAGUCCUGGUCCCCGGAGAGAUGUCCGCCACGCGCGGCAAUGGGGAGCACUGGAAGUCCCUGGAGUCGGUGGGCAUCAGCCGAAAGGAGCUGGCGCUGGCAGAGGCGCUGCAGAUGGAGUACGACGCGCUCUCCCGCUUGCGGCAGGACAAGGAGGAGAACCGGGCCAAGCAGCGGGGAGACCGGCCCCUCAUCUCCUGGGACGAUCCCGCCGAGAGGAACGGCUGUGCCGGCAUCAAAGCGGCACGUGGCCUCUCCGGUUCCGACCCCACGCUCAGCUACAACGUCCCGCUGGCACCCGAGGGUCCCCCCGCGCCCGGACCUCCCCCCGGCCCCAGCCCCCCCCGGCCGGACCCCCAGCCCUGGCUGAAGGGACCCCUGGCUGGGGACUAUCUCUACAUCUUCGAGGGGUCGGGGGGGGACUUCCUCGGGGAGCCCCUCAACGGCACCUCGCCCCACGACGGCGGGGGCAGCUCCCCCAAAAAGCUCUCGCCGCCCCCGCUGCCCCCCCGGAACUCUCUCUGGAGCUCCCCCGAGGGCACCCAGCGCUCGGGAAAGGGGUCCCCCCCGUCUUCCAAAGGACCCCAGCCCAGGGACAUCAACAUGUUCUCAGCGGCCCACGAGCGGGCUCACGGCAAGCUGCUCGGCCGCCGCAUCUCUGAGGAGGACCCCUACGGCAUCGCCGACUAUGGCGGCAUCAACGAUGCCAUCACCUGCCUCAACCUGAAGUCCACCUACGAGUCGGAGGUGCUGCGGGAAGCUGCCCGUGGCUGGAAGGAGGGCAGGAGCAUCUUUGAGAAGGAAUCGAGCGGCAAGCCGGUGGCACGGAGCAAGACCAUGCCCCCCCAGGUCCCCCCGCGGACAUACGUCUCCCGCUUCGGCAACCGGAAAAAUCUCGCACCGAACAAGAACCGCAGGAUCUCCGUCGACCCGGUUGCCCCCCGGCCGCACUCCUUCGCCAACGGCUACGAGCUCUUUGAAGUCUCCGAGGAGCGGGAUGAGGAGGUGGCUGCUUUCUGCCACAUGCUGGAUGUGCUGCGGUCCGGCUACAGCACCAAGGACUAUUCCCUCACCGGCUUGGUGUGGAGUGCCGUCAACCUCAGCCCCGAGCAGCUGGGCCACGGCGUCAGCCUGAAGGUGACGGUGGUGUGUGACAGCCUGCGGGAGCCCCUCACCUUCACCUGCGACUGCUCCUCCACCGUGGACCUGCUCAUCUACCAGGCGCUGUGCUACACACACGACGAGCUGCACGCUAUUGACGUCGAGGACUUCGUCCUCAAGAUCUGCGGCUUGGAGGAGUUCCUGCAGAACAAACACGUGCUGGGCAGCCACGAGUACAUCCAGCACUGCAGGAAGUUUGACAUCGACAUCCGCCUGCAGCUGAUGAAGAGGAAGGGGGUGCGCAGCGACCUGGCCCGGACGGCGAACGACGACCAGAGCCCCUCCACCCUCAACCAUUACAUCCACCUGCAGGAGAGACCCAUCAAGCAGACCAUCAGCAGGCAGGCCCUGAGUCUCCUUUUCGACACCUUCCACAAUGAGGUGGAUGCUUUCCUGGCAGCCGAGGGAGACUUCCCGCUGAAGGCGGAACGGGUGAUCCAGUCGGUCAUGGCCAUCUGCAACGCCCUGGCUGCCGUGGAGUCCCAGGAGAUCACGGCAGCCCUCAACCAGAUGCCCCCCUGCCCCUCCCGCAUGCAGCCCAAAAUCCAGAAGGAUCCAAAUGUUCUGGCCAAGAGGGAAAAUCGAGAGAGGAUCGUGGAGAGCCUGACGGCCGCCAUCCUCAACCUGGUUGAGCUCUACUGCAGCACCUUCAACGCCGACUUCCAGACGGCCGUGCACGGGAGCCGGGAGCACGGCGUGGUGCAGGAGGCUCGCCUGCUCUCCUGCCCGCUCUCCUUCACCGUCUACGCCACGCACCGCAUCCCCAUCACCUGGGCUGCCAGCUACGAAGAUUUCUACCUCUCCUGCUCCCUCAGCCAUGGUGGCAAGGAGCUGUGCAGCCCCCUGCUCACCAGGAAGGCACACGUCUACAAAUACCUCUUCCACCUCAUCAUAUGGGACCAGCAGAUCUGCUUCCCCGUCCAGGUGAACCGUCUGCCGCGGGAGACGCUGCUCAGCGUCACGCUCUUCGCCGUGCCCAUCCCACCCCCGGGGAGCUCCUCCGACGCCAACAAGCAGCGGCGGGUCCCCGAGGCCUUGGGCUGGGUGACCACCCCGCUCUUCAACUUCAGGCAGGUCCUGACCUGUGGGCGAAAGCUCCUGGGCUUGUGGCCGGCGACCCAGGACAACUCCAGAGCCAGGUCGAGUGCCCCCAACUUCAACCAGCCCGACAGUGUCAUCCUGCAGAUUGACUUCCCCACCUCCGCCUUCGAGGUGAAGUUCACCAGCCCGCCAGCGGCCGAAUUCAGCCCCAAGUACGAGUUUGGCAGCCUGGGGGAGGAGGACCAGUGCAAGCUGCGGGAGGCGAUGCAAAAGAAAUCACUCUACUGGCUGAUGGACGCCGACCGCAAGCGGCUGUGGGAGAAGCGUUACUACUGCCACGCAGCACCCGGCGCCCUGCCCAUGCUGCUGGCCAGCGCGCCCAGCUGGGAGUGGGCCUGCCUGCCCGACAUCUAUGCCCUGCUCAGCCAGUGGACCUACAUGAGCCACCAGGAUGCCCUGGGGCUCCUCCACGCCACGUUCCCAGACCAGGAGGUGAGAAGGACGGCCGUGCAGUGGAUCGACUCCAUCUCCGACACCGAGCUGCUGGACUACCUGCCCCAGCUGGUCCAGGCCCUGAAGUACGAGUGCUACCUGGACAGCCCGCUGGUGCGCUUCCUCAUGAAGCGAGCGAUCUGUGACCUGAAGAUAACUCACUACUUCUUCUGGCUGCUGAAGGAUGGCCUCAAGGACUCCCAGUUCAGCAUCCGCUACCAGUACCUCCUGGCAGCUCUGCUCUGCUGCUGCGGGAAGGGGCUGCGGGAAGAGUUUGACCGGCAGUGCCUGCUCGUCAGCACGCUGGCCAGGUUGGCCCAGCAAGUGCGGGAUGCCGCCCCGUCCGCACGCCAGGGCAUCCUCCGCGAGGGGCUGGAGGACGUGAAGCAGUUCUUCAAGGCCAACGGGUCGUGCCGGCUGCCGCUCAGCCCCAGCCUGCUGGUGAAGGGGAUCGUGCCCCGGGACUGCUCCUAUUUCAACUCCAACGCAGUCCCCCUGAAGCUCUCCUUCCAGAACGUUGAUCCCCUUGGGGAAAACAUCCGAGUCAUCUUCAAGUGCGGUGAUGACCUGCGGCAGGACAUGCUGACGCUGCAGAUGAUCCGGAUCAUGAACAAGAUCUGGGUGCAGGAGGGGCUGGACAUGCGCAUGGUCAUUUUUCGCUGCUUCUCCACCGGCCGUGGACGAGGCAUGGUGGAGAUGAUCCCCAACGCCGAGACCCUACGCAAAAUCCAGGUGGAGCACGGCGUGACGGGCUCCUUCAAAGACCGGCCGUUGGCAGACUGGCUGCAGAAACACAACCCCGAGGAGGAUGAGUACGAGAAGGCCGUGGAAAACUUCAUCUAUUCCUGUGCUGGCUGCUGUGUGGCCACCUACGUGCUGGGGAUCUGCGACCGGCACAAUGACAACAUCAUGCUCAAGACCACCGGCCACAUGUUUCACAUCGACUUCGGCAGGUUCCUGGGCCAUGCGCAGAUGUUCGGCAACAUCAAGAGGGACCGGGCACCGUUCGUCUUCACUUCGGACAUGGCGUACGUCAUCAACGGUGGGGACAAGCCCUCCAGCCGCUUCCACGACUUCGUCGACCUGUGCUGCCAGGCCUACAACCUGAUUCGCAAGCACACCCACCUCUUCCUCAACCUGCUGGGGCUGAUGCUGUCCUGUGGCAUCCCUGAGCUCUCCGACCUGGAGGACCUCAAGUACGUCUACGAUGCCCUGAGGCCACAGGACUCUGACGCCGAUGCCACCACCUACUUCACCAGGUUGAUCGAGUCGAGCCUGGGCAGCGUGGCCACCAAACUCAACUUCUUCAUCCACAACCUGGCGCAGAUGAAGUUCACGGGCUCCGACGCCCGCCCGACCCUCUCCUUCGCCCCCCGCACGCACACCAUCAAGACGUCCGGCCGGAUCCAUGACGUCUUCCUCUGCCGUCACGAGAGGGUCUUCAACCCCAGCAAGGGCUACACCUACAUAGUGAAGGUGCAGCGGGAGAGCCCGGGCGAGGUGGCCUUCGUGCAGCGCACCUUCGAGGAGUUCCAGGAGCUCCACAACAAGCUGCGCCUCCUCUUCCCCUCCUCACUGCUGCCCAGCUUCCCCAGCAGGUUCGUCAUCGGACGGUCGCGGGGCGAAGCGGUGGCCGAGCGGCGGAAGGAGGAGUUGAACGGCUACAUCUGGCACCUCAUCCAUGCUGCCCCCGAAGUGGCAGAGUGCGACCUCAUCUACACCUUCUUCCACCCGCUGCCACGGGACGAGAAGGCGGCUGGCACCAACCCGACCCCGAAGCCGGCAGAUGCCACGUGGGCUCGGCCCGUGGGGAAGGUCGGUGGGGAGGUGAAGCUCUCCAUCUCCUACAAGAACAACAAGCUCUUCAUCAUGGUGAUGCACAUCAGGGGGCUGCCACCGUUGCAGGAUGGCAAUGACCCUGACCCCUAUGUCAAGACCUACCUGCUGCCCGACCCCCAAAAAACAACCAAGAGGAAAACCAAAGUGGCCCGAAAAACCUGCAACCCCACCUACAACGAGAUGCUGGUCUACGACGGGAUCCCCAGGGGGGACCUGCAGCAGCGGGAGCUGCGCCUGAGCGUGCUGAGCGAGGAAGGCUUCUGGGAAAACAUCCUCCUCGGGGAGGUCGGUAUCCGCCUGCGGGACCUCGACCUGGCGCAGGAGAAGAUGGGCUGGUUCGCCCUGGGAUCCCGCGGCCACGGCACCCUCUGAGGUCCCACCGCCGGGGCUGGGGACCCACGGCAUCACCGCCGCGGCUCUGCCCACCCUGGGAUGUGCCUGUAGGGACCGGGCACCCAUGGGCGCUGCCGCAGGCGUCUUCUUUUUUAAGUUUACCUUGUGUCAAGGGAGCAACGUGGGGAGGGAGGGGCAGGGAGGACCGGUGGGGCGUUUCAGGGGGGUAUUUCUUCCUUUGGGAUAUCUGUAUUUUAAUUUUUUUUAAUAACGAGUAGCAUGCAGCCGGGCACCGAGGCGGAGAGGAGAGGGGAGGCGUCGCGGAGGUUCGCUGGGGGCUGGGGGUGCGUGUACCCGCAGAGCCCCGGGUACAUCUCCAGCCAGGAGCUGCCUGCCUGGAGCCGGGCAAUUCCCAUCCCGGGGAAUUCGCUCCCAAAGGAGAGCGGUGGGGCAGGGUUGUAUGGCUGACCCCCCCCCUCCUGCGACGCCACGGGAAGGGGACCACCGGCCCCCCAUUCCCAUCCCCGUGCCGGCGGGGACAUCCGUCUCCUCGUCUGCCAUCCGGCCCCAGAGCCGGGGACGCCUGUGCCGGGGUGCGGGCUUGGUGCCUGUGGUGCUUUGUUUACAGCGAGAGCUCCGUAAACGGACAAAAUGUUUCUCAGGAUCGAGAAUAAUGAACUUAACCUUUAUAUUAAAAGUUUUAAAUAUUGUAUCUAGCGGGAGGCGGAGGGGAGUGGCGGGGGGGAGCAGCCUGGCCCCGCCGGCGGCUGGGGCUGCUGGAGCUGGCACGCUGCUGCGGUCGAGACCCUCCUGCCUGUAACAUGGUGGCGUGAAAAUAAAGGAGAUGAAACGCA